GUGAUGCCCGAGUGCGAGGUUUCGGCGGCUCACGUGCGGCAGGCGCUGAAGGCAGCUGGUGCCACGGCUCCUGGCCCAGAUGGCAUCCCGUACAGCUUCUGGCGGGGCAUCGGGGAGUUGGGCGUGGAAGUGCUCACGGACACCAUGACGGCGAUGAUGGCUGAAGGGUCAGAUAAGACGAUGAUGCGCGAGUUCGGCUCGGGGGAUAACCACUUCGUGCCCUGCGACUUCAACGGGAGCUUGCUAGCGCUGCUGCCGAAAAAGCCCACGGGGCACGACACUGCUGCAGGCGCCUUCUUCUGUCCAGCUGACACGCGGCCACUCAUGCUCGUGGACACCUCGAACCGCCUGCUGGCCAGUGCUCUGCGGAACGCCAUUGACGCGGCCAUGCAUGCCGCGGCCUUGGCGGACGACCAGCAGUAUGCAAUACUCUUCGACAUGCGGGCGGCGUUCCCCAGCACAGAGCACGGCUACCUCCAUCAUGUGCUGGAGAAGUUGGGUUUGCCGCAGGGCGUCCGCGCUGGAUGCCCUCUCAGUCCCUUGCUCUUUGUGUUCGUGACGGAGCCGUUCAACCGCCAGUUGGACGCCGUCGAAGGCCGCCGCGAGCGCUGCGCAUUCGCCGAUGACCUCGCUCUUGUGGGUGCCGGCGGGCACGGGGCGUGGCCGCAGCUGCGCCGCCUCUUCGCGUUCUUCGCCGCGGCGUCUGGGCUGCACCUGAAUCUCGCGAGGACUUUGAUGUUGCCCUUUUGGACGUGGCAGCCUGGCGCCGCGGCAGACUCCUGGCGGCAGGCGGUGCCCGACUGGGGCACGGUGAGGAUCGCCCACUCCGGCACGUACCUGGGGUUCGAGGUCGGCCCGGCGGCGGCGGAGAGUGGAUGGGACGCCCCCCUGCGGAUGUACGAGAAGGCGGUUUGCAAUUGGGCUGCUCGCACCCACGGGAUGCACGUGGCGACAUUAGCGUACAACGUCUUCGCGAUAUCGAAGCUGCAGUAUGUGGCGCAGUUGCAUGGGGCGCCUCCCGACCGGUCACGUUUGGAACAGUGGGCGAUUCAAUCUCUCUUCCCUGGCCCGUGCAAGUGCCUGCCCCCUGGCGUGGCCCAGCAGUUGCGGGAUGAGUUCAAGAUGCCAUGCCAGCAGGUAUCGCUCACCAUCGCCAGCCCCGCGGCCCAACUUCGGGUUGCUCUCGCUGGGGGGGACUACCGGCGCUGCCUCCGGCUGGAUGAGCUGCGGGGCCGCCUCGAGAGAGCUCGCUCCCGCGCCGCGGCCUCGUCCUGGGACAUCGAAUGGAGAUGGAACGCGUGGUUCACGCCUGGCCCUGUCCAGAAACUCCAGUCCGCGAUGACAAGCUUGGCCCGCCAGGGCAUCACGGAGUCCAGCGUCGUGGAGCAGGGGGCGGGGCGCGGACCGCGGCCAAUCACCCUGGCGACCUGGCGGCCUGCUCGCCGGCGGCUCCAGUCAUCGGCGGCGACGCUCUUGCGGCGGAGGUAUUGGCUUCGAGUGGGCUUCGCCCAGCGGAGCGCCAAAGUCGGGAGAUGGCGCGACCCGGGCUCCCUGCCGGGCCGUCGGGCCCAGCGGUGCCGACUGGUCAUGCAGCGGCUGCCGAAGCGCACGGCGCCGCGAGUUCGAGCGGCCGUACUGCGCACCUGGCUCAACGGCUGGUGCACAGGGCGCGGCUGUGGGGCCCGCGGAGGGCGUUGCCUCUUCGGCUGCUCCGGCGGUGAUGAUGACGUCCGGCGCUACGUUCGUUGCCGGCAUCUUUGGCGCUUCGGGGUGGAGAAGCUGGGUUUGGCGGACCCAGGGCACCCGGAGGCCCGCGCCACGCGGGCGCUGCUGUGGCACGCUGGAGCCCCUCCUCAGGAAGUGGCUCGCGUGGCAACGAUGGUCGCCGUCGGCCACAAUGCCCACGCCGUUGUCAGCCACGCGGCGAGGGCCAACCUCGACAUCCAGCGGGGUGUUCGCCGAG